AUGUCGGCAUUACUGGAUCCCUCAACUCUCAAAGGGACUCGCGCCGAGGUGCUGAAGCAGUUGAUCGACAUUCGCAUAGACCUUGAACGACAAAUUGCCGUUGUCCUGGGAUUCCAUAACUCCUUCAUCCCCAUCGCAAUCCUUCCUGAUGAAAUCCUGACAGCGAUAUUUUCAAUCAGGAUGCUCGAUGAUAAGUUUGAGCUCCCUCCUACUUCACGACGAGAUGGAUCCCGGGCGAUGCGCAUAGUUUCCCAAGUUUGCCGUCGAUGGAGGGAGGUGGCUUUGGCAACUCCAACGCUAUGGGCAAACAUCGACUUUGACCAUACAUUUGGGGAGUGGAAGAAAGAGCUUCUUCGUCGCACCAAAAAUACUCCUCUUGAUGUCGAUAUCUGGUUCGAUGACGACGAGGGCCGUGAUGACCACGCGUCGACCUUGGAGCACAUUGGACGCUUCGCAUCACUUCAGGCAUACGUCUCUCCAGACAAGAACGGAAGGAUAAAGGGAUACAGUUUGUGGGACGCGCUCAGAAAACCCACACCUCUCCUGAGAUCCCUCAGAAUUUCCGUUGAACCCGUCACACCCCCAAUCCAUCUUCCCAAGCAGUUAUUCAAAGAACCAAUGCUCAAUUUCCGAGAGCUUUCCUUGAAUAACUGCUACGUCAGCCUCUCUAAACCAAGCCUGACCGGCUUGACGAAGCUCCAUGUAAAAUGUCCAAUGAGGCUUCAAGACGGAAAAGAUUUUUACCCCACUGUUCCUGCAUGGCUCAAAAUUAUCAACACGAUAGGCUCCCUUCAGCAUCUCAACAUCGACGGCGCAUUUUCUCCCAUCCCGAGCAAUUCAAGGGGUCUCACCGUCAUACACCUGCCCAAGUUGACCCACCUUCGCCUCGUCGGGGAAGUCGCUCAAUGCACCAGCUUCAUUCGACACCUCGACAUCGCCAACUCCUGCAACGUUGACUUGACUCUUGUAGGGAUCAGAGUGUCUGAUCAUGACGCGAUACGAAGAACCACUCGUAAAGUGGUUGAGCGGCUACCAUCUGAAAUGAUCAGCGCGUGGCACGUAAGGAGUCAUCAAGCGAGUUUCUUCUUGCAAAACCUCUUCACGCCCGACCCCAACUUGAGAAUUGAGCAGCGCGAGGGCUUGUCCUCCCAAUGGGGUGUUAAGAUUCAUUUCGAUUGGGACAGUGUUGCGGACAUCAACGCGAACCUCCCUUUACUAUCGGUCUUCGCAGAACGGGCGACAGUGUUGCAGUACAAAGAUACGGUUGGAAGACACCACGACAGAAGGAAUACCCUCAUUCCACAAUUGCUUGGAAUGUUCACCUGCGUCAAACAUCUUGCCGACAUCUCCCUCGACACUUUACGUCAUCUCACCGAGCACCGCGAUAUGUCGACCAACCCACCCCCCUUGCCUUCUUUACAGUCGGUUCAAGUUGUGGGGUUAUUGAUGACCGCACCACAACGCGGUUUUCUAAUCGCAUUCCUUCGCAUGCGAGAGCGACAGGGUUUACAAAUUAAGAAGCUGGAUGUUAGAAAUUGUGGGUUCAAUAACAAGGUGUUGCGUGAGCUGGAGCAGUUCGACGGUUUGGCUGUUACCUCUAAUCGGUCGAACGAUGAACCGCUUGAGUUCGACGUUCGGCGUUUCGAAACUUAUGGUGUCUUAGAAGAGGUUAGGGAAUAUCCAGAUGGGGAGUCGCAUGAUCAUCAAGGCGAUGAAUACGAGAGCUUCUAA